AUGAAACAUCCAAAGCUUCCGACUUUUACUUUUCGAGCGAGUUCGGUGGAGCACGGGGAAACGGCCGCGUCGUUGCUCGUGAAGCGCGGUGCGGACGCUCGAGCGGUUGAAGAGAUGCUCCUGCGUCAUCCGGAGGUGAACGCGUACGAUUGUGCGACGGAGAUCGCGCCCAGGAUGUCGUACUUGGAGUUUUUGGAGCGCGGCGGCGAGCUCGGGAGUGAGACGGCGGCGGCGUUGGCGCUGAGGCAACCCGGGAUUUUGGAGCGGAAGUACGAGACGGUGUACGAGUGCUUCGAUAAAGCGUACAUCGCGGUGAACAAGCCGUUCGCGGUGCGUUUGGACACCCCGCGAGGUUGGACGGAGAGCGACGCGGAUGGAAACGUGACGGAGAAGAAGCGGUUCGAGCCGAGAUGGGAGGGCGACGCGAGCUGUGAGGACUGGUUGAACGCGACGUAUCCGAAUAUGCAUCAUCGGUUUUGUCAUCAGUUGGACACGGCGACGAGCGGGGUGAUUCUAACGGCGCACACCAAAUCUGCGGCGGCGGCGGCGGCGAAGCUCUUCAGGGAUCGCAAGGCGAAGAAGACGUACCUCGCCGUGGUGUACGGAUGGCCGGAGCGAGACGAGUGGACCACGACCGCCAAACUCGGUAAAGAUCCAAACUGUCCGAAAGGAUUCCGAGAACGCGUGGAUGAGGAGGGUGGGAAGGCGAGCGAGACGCGAUUCAAGGUGUUACGACGCGGCUACUGCACCCUGGACGGAGCGCAUCGAGGGAUCAAGGUGACUCUGUUGCAGUGUAAACCCGUGACGGGACGACGGCAUCAGAUUCGCGUGCACUUGCAGCACUCGGGCUUCCCCAUCUUGGGUGACAUCGCGUACUACUCCGGCGUCUCGGAUUCGUUCAGAAUGUUCCUGCACGCGUUGGAGCUCGUCAUGCCGUUCCCAGAUGAGACGCUCACGUUCAAGACGGAUCCGCCUCUGGCGUUCGAGCUCGUCGUCUCCGCGGACCCUCCCAUCGAGCAGCGCCAAAUAAAUUAA